CAAAGUACUCAAAUGUUAAAUCAUUCAAAUCAUGACGUCUUGAAUAUGGUAUAGUAGAUUACCCACUUUUUAACACCAUAUUGCUUAUAAGCAAUUAUAAAAUUUCAUAAAUAUGCACUAAAAACUUCCUUUUAAGAAUCCGUGGGUGUAUAUAACUAAAUUCUUGGGAACAUCUAUUCACACCAGUCAUUGCAAAUAAUCUGAUUUCUGAAUCUCUCUACGUUUGUUGAUCAAAAGAUGCCGCUCGGAACGCUUGAGGUUCUUCUUGUCAGCGCCAAAGGCCUCGAGAACACAGAUUUUCUAUCUAACAUGGACCCUUAUGCGGUCCUCACUUGCUGGACGCAGGAGAAGAAAAGUAGUGUUGCAUCAGGUAAAGGAACUAACCCUGAAUGGAAUGAAACCUUCCUGUUCACCGUCUCUGAUGGUGUUGUGGAAUUGAAAAUCAAAUUAAUGGAUAAAGAUAAUCUCAGUGGAGAUGACUUUGUUGGAGAAGCAACGAUUCCUUUAGGACCGGUAUUGGCUGAAGGUAACAUUCCGCCAACUACGUACAAUGUUGUCAAGAAUGAGAACUACUGUGGAGAGAUUAAAGUUGGUCUCGUGUUUAAUCCCCACCAGCAAAGCAGAGACAGGGGAUUUUCUGAAGAGGAGACCUUUGGUGGAUGGAAACAAUCAGCCAUGGAGUAAUUUUCUAUUUAUGUUUAUGCAUUAGUAUUUCUCGAUUAUGAACUGUUUUUUUACAAGAUUAUAUGGCUACAAAUAUUUGUGUUUACAUUGUGAUUGGGAUUUUGGAUUUGAUCCAAUAUGUUUGGAAACUUGUCUAUUC